AUGGAGGGUGGGAAUCUCUUGGAUCCCCCAUCAAACACGAGAAGCACUUCAAGGACAAAAAACUCCAAAAAUCUCAGGAGCCCCCCAACACUAAAACCUUACAAAUGUGUGGAAUGUGACUUAUGCUUUGGACGAAAGUCAAACCUUCUUACACAUCAGAAAAUCCACACUGGAGAGAAACCUUAUCAGUGUCUGGAAUGUGGGAAAUUUUUCCGUGAAAAAAGGUCAGCUCUUCGGAGUCAUAAGAAAACACACACAGGGGAGAAAAACGAAAAGUGCCUUGAAUGUGGGAAAAGUUUUACCUCGAAAUCAAACCUGGUGCAACAUCAGAGACGUCACACUGGAGAGAGACCCUAUGAAUGCUCAGAAUGUGAGAAACGAUUUGUGUCUUCUUAUGAACUUCAGACACACCAGAAGAUGCAUCAAGGGGACCUUCCCCAUAGAUGUGGGGAGUGUGGGAAAAGUUUUAUUUCACCAACCCAAGUUCAGAUUCAUCAGAGAAUCCACACAGGGGAGAAGCCCUUCAAAUGUGGGGAGUGUGGGAAAUGCUUUUCUCAAAAACAACACCUUGGACGCCAUCAGCAGUUCCACAGAGGAGAGAAGCCAUACAGAUGCGAAGAAUGUGGAAAAUGCUUUGUAGACAAGCGAGGCCUUUUGGGUCAUCACAAAACCCACACAGGGGAGAAGCCACAUCAAUGCAACGACUGUGGAAGAUUUUACAGUACCUCAUCAGCCCUUAAAAGUCAUGAGAAAACUCACACGGGGGAAAAAAACUACAAAUGUUUAGACUGUGGGAGAGCGUUUGCUCAUUCAUGUAACUUAAUAAGUCACAGCCGAAUCCAUACAGGAGAAAAGCCCCAUAAAUGCUCAGAAUGUGAUAAAUGUUUUCCACGGAAAGAUUCUCUUGUGACGCAUCAGCGAAUCCACACUGGAGAGAAACCAUAUAAAUGUCUGGAGUGUGGGAAAUGUUUUGUCUAUCCUUCAACACUUCGCACGCACACCCGAAGUCACACAGGAAAGUAG